UUCCAAAUCCAGAUUGUUCAUCUGAUUUGCGUGAAUCAUCACGUGUUCGUGUUUAACGGAAAUGGAGAUGGAAGAAAUGGCGUCUCUGAUCGGAGUAUCGGUUCCGGUAUUCCAAUUCCUUAUAUGUUUUGUUGCCAGUAUUCCUGUCAGCUUCUUUCACCGCUUCGUCCCCGGCGGUUCCAUCGGAAAACACCUGUACGCGGCAUUAACCGGUGCCGUUCUCUCCUACCUAUCCUUCGGAUUAUCCUCCAAUAUGCACUUCCUGGUGUCAAUUAUCAUCAGCUACGGGUCUAUGGCCUUCUGUCGGAGACGAUGCGGUUUGAUUACGUUCUUGUUAGCAAUGGGUUACCUCAUUGGAUGCCAUGUAUACUACAUGAGUGGGGAUGCAUGGAAGGAAGGAGGUAUUGAUGCCACCGGAUCAAUGAUGGUGAUAACAUUGAAAGUGAUUUCAUGCGCUAUUAACUACAAUGACGGGUUGUUAAAAGAGGAAGAUUUACGUGAAUCCCAAAAGAAAAACCGGUUAGUUAAGUUGCCUUCAAUCAUCGAAUACGUGGGAUAUUGCCUUUGUUGUGGAAGUCACUUCGCUGGCCCAGUUUAUGAAAUGAAAGAUUAUCUUGAUUGGACAGAAAGGAAGGGUAUUUGGAUGAAAACAAAGAAAGCUUCAGCAUCACCUUUGGGGGCGACAGUGAAAGCUGUUGUUCAAGCUGGUUUGUGUAUGGGUAUAUACCUACACCUGAUACCCCAAUAUCCACUAUCAACAUUCAGCAAUCCAAUGUACAAAUACUCAGGGUUUACAGAUCGGUUGAUGUAUCAGUACAUGUGUAGCUUUACAGCCCGUUGGAAAUAUUAUUUCAUAUGGUCGGUUUCAGAAGCUUCCAUGAUUCUUUCCGGAUUGGGUUUCAGUGGAUGGAGUAACGUUAACUAUUCUUCACCCACACAAACAUCACAAUGGGGACGUGCUAUAAAUGUUGAUAUUUUGGGUGUUGAGUUUGCAAAGAGUUCAGUUGAGAUACCACUUGCAUGGAACAUCCACGUCAGCACAUGGCUUCGUCAUUAUGUUUAUGACAGGCUUAUUCAAAAGGGGAAGAAACCAGGUUUCUUUCAGUUGCUGGCAACACAGACAGUUAGUGCUGUUUGGCAUGGUUUAUAUCCUGGGUAUAUCAUUUUCUUUGUUCAAUCUGCUUUGAUGAUAUCUGGUUCCAGAGCCAUUUACAGAUGGCAAUGCUGUGUUCCAAGUAAUAAGCGUGUGGUUAAGAAGAUGCUUAUGCUCUCUAACUUUGCCUACACGGUUCUUGUUCUAAACUACUCGUCUCUUGGUUUCAUGGUACUAAGCCUAAAGGAAACAAUUAAUGUAUACGGGAGUGUGUACUACAUUGGAAGUAUAGCUCCUGUGGUUUUGAUCAUCCUUGGUAACAUUAUUAAGCCAAAGCCAUCCACAUCAAGAGCUCGAAAAGGACAGUGAGGUAACUAAUCACACCAAAGGUACCACAUGCAUUCAUUCAUGUUGCAUAUUUCGUUUUCUCCUACUUUAAGACCUUAAUUAAUUUGUAUUUAAAGUAUGUGUAUACU